GAAUUGUUUCUGCUGGAGGAGACGCUCUGCAGCCCGGGCUCCGUGGGACUGAGGUGGCAUCAGCUGGAGGAACUUGAGUUCCCAGACAGCCUGGGCCCCCCUGAUGGCCAUGAGAGGUAGGGGACUGAUCCUGUGGAUCUCAGGCUGAGGACUUUCUCAUGGACCUGGAACCCUCUGCUUUGCAGCUUGAAGAGCUCCGAUGGCAGUUAACAAGGGUCCAACUUUGCUGGAUGAAGAUCGCCCUGAGCAGGAGAACGUGCUGCAGCGGGUCCUGCAGCUGCCGGUGGUGAGCAGCACCUGUGAGUGCUUCCAGAAGACCUACACCAGCACCAAGGAAGCCCACCCCCUGGUGACCUCUGUAUGCAGUGCAUACGAGAAGGGCGUGCAGAGCGCCACCAGCUUGGCAGCCUGGAGCAUGGAGCCGGUGGUCCGAAGGCUGUCCACCCAGUUCAUAGCUGCCAACGAGCUGGCCUGCCGAGGCCUGGACCACCUGGAGGAAAAGAUCCCGGCCCUCCAGUAUCCUCCUGAAAAGAUUGCUUCUGAGCUGAAGGACACCAUCUCUACCCGCCUUCGCAGUGCCAGGAACAGCAUCAGUGUGCCCAUCGCCAGCACUUCAGACAAAGUCCUAGAGGCCGCUCUGGCUGGCUGUGAGCUCGCCUGGGGGAUGGUCAAAGACACUGCCGAAUUUGCUGCCAACACCCGAGCUGGCCAGCUAGCCUCUGGAGGAGCCGACUUGGCCUUGGGUGGUGUUGAGAAGGUGGUAGAGUUCCUCCUCCCUCCAGCCAAGGAAGAGUCAGCCCCUGCUCCAGGACACCAGCAUGCCCAGAAACCUCCCCAGGCCAAGCCGGGCCUCGUGAGCAGGGUUGGGGCCCUGGCCAACACUCUCUCUCAACACACCUUCCAGACCACAGCCCGGGUGCUGAAACAGGGCCAGGCCCUGGCCAUGUGGAUCCCAGGUGUGGCGCCCCUGAGCAGCCUGGCCCAGUGGGGCGCAUCAGCGGCCAUACAGGUGGUGUCCCGGCGGUCGAGUGAGGUGCGGGUGCCCUGGCUGCACAACCUCACUGCCACCCGGGAGGAGGACCACAAUGACCAGAUGGACACAGAGGGGGAGGAGACAGAGGUGGAGGAGGAGGAAUCAGAGACGGAGGAGAACAAGCUCAGUGAGGGAGCAGCCCUGCCUGGCCCACAAGACCUCCUGGGUGGUGUGGUGCACACCCUGCAGAAGGCCCUCCAGAGCACCAUCUCGGUCGUGACGUGGGUGCCUGCGGCUGUGCUGGGCACGGCAGGGAGGUUGCUGCAUCUCAUGCCAGCCCGUGCUGUCUCCUCCGCCAAGGGCAGGGCCAUGUCCCUGUCUGAUGCCCUGAAGGGCGUUACUGACAACGUCGUGGACACCGUGGUGCACUAUGUGCCGCUCCCCAGGCUGUCGCUGAUGGAGCCCGAGAGCGAAUUCCGGGAGAUCGAAAACCCGCCUGCCGAGGCCGAGAGCCCGGAGGCGGAGCGCAGGGGGUCCGGGGCGCUGCCCGCCGGCUCGGAUACCGCGUCGCGCCCCGCGCAGUCCCGCGGCAGCCUGCGCAGCGCUCGGGGCCCGGGCGCGGAGGACCGGGUGGACACGGCCGCCGCGCCGCGCACCGCCUUGCCGGCCAUGCCCCGCGAGAAGCCCGCGCGCAGGGUCAGCGACAGCUUCUUCCGGCCCAGCGUCAUGGAGCCCAUACUGGGCCGCACGCAGUAUAGCCAGCUGCGCAAGAAGAGCUGAGCCCGCUGUCCCCAUCACCCUUCCGGCCCGGCCCGCCGCCCCGCCCCGGCCGAGCGCUGGGGCUGUUGUCUCCUGAAAACAAACAGAACCUACAUGUCCAAAUGAGCAUUGACUUCUUCCAAGUAGUCCCCUUGGGUCCCGAGCCUCAUUCCAAGGAUGCUGCCAAGGCACACAUCAUCUUCUGAGCAUCCUUUUUGGGCUUAGCUGUCAGAGCCCAUUUUUGAGAAGCAUCAGACUAGCAGUCUGCUUUAAUUCUAUGCCUUGUUAUUUUUACCAAAAGAUUAAUUGCCUAACUUGAUCUCUCACUUCUUUCACUAAAUUUGUGGCCAAGUGACAUUUAACUGUUUCCAGUAUUUACAUCCAUCCUCUGUAGACACAUAUUUGUCACCAGUGAACGUGUCACCACCCUAAAGGUUCAAGCAGUAGAUCCUGGCACAUUUUUAAGCCCUGAAUGCAGAGAUUCCUCUGAGUAUACAGGCUCUCAGAAGACUACUUUGAGGGGAACAGCAAUCAGGUGCAAAAGCUCUUGAGUGUUUAUAUACCUACGAGCAUCACUUUCUGAGUGCCCCACACUCUUCACAGGCUGAGUCCUGGCCUGUGCUCUGUAGCGCCACCGUCCUGUUCACAGCUACAUUCCCAUUUGCACCCUUACUGCUUUCCACCUGCAUGUUCACCCUUCCGUCCACUUCUCGAAUGCUGGCGCCCCUAGUGCUGGGAGACAGUGGUGAUCGUUUGUUAUACAGUAUAGACCAUAUAUUUGAACUCUAUAGCCACUGUUCAUUCCAAGCCCUAUUUUUGAAAAUGUUAAUAUUUCGUACAUUUGGAAAUGCAUACACAUAAGUUAAAAAUUCAAACACUGCCAAAGGAUGUGUGCCUUCCUCCCUGAGUUCCCUGGUUUCUCUUCCCCAAAGCAACCAUGGUGCCAGUCUCUUCUGUAUCUUUCUGAUUACGGACUGUGCAUGCACAGGCACAUGUGUAUAUACUCCCCACUGUUUACACAAGCUGUGGGAGGUUACACUCAGUGCUGUUUUCACUCAGCAAUACAUCUUAGAAAUCUUUUUUGUAUCAGUAUCAUAAAUCCUCCUUGCUCUUUUUAACAGCCACACAGUAAGUGCUUCAUAAUAUAGAUGUGCUAUGUUUGAUUAAACUAGUGCCCUAAUCAUGGACUUUUAGGUUGUUUCCAAUUGUUUGCUCCUUCGAACAGUGCUACAAUAAAUGUCUUUAUACAAACGUUU